GUAAAAAUGGUAUCAAUUGUUGCUUAUGAUAUUAUGAACAAGAAGCACGUGAAUUUGAAAAAAAGUAAUCAUUCAAAAUUUACUAUAAUUUGAAGGAUUUAGGGUUAGGGUUUAGGUUUACAAUUUGAGAUUUUGGGUUGGGAUUCAAAAUUGAAGGUUAAGGGGUUAGGGUAAUUAAAGUUCAAAAUUAGAUUGAGAGUGCUAAUUAAAGUUCAAAAUUUGAUGUAUUAUGGACACUUUUAGAGUUGGGUGCACUCAGUGAGUGCGCCGAAGUAGCCAUCAUAUAUAUAUAUUAAUAAGUAGGGAUGGCAAUUUUGACGUGAAAUGUUUUACCCGACCUGUUUGACCUAUUUUGGGGCGGGUCCGAUCCGUCCCUUAGGCGUGGCGGGGCGGACAUGGGUAUCUCUCAUUGAUACGACCUGCCUUGACCCGCCCCAAUCUCGACCCAUUCUUGCCUAAAUUACAUAUAAUCUUAGUCAAAUUGCUUAGAAUUUUCCUUUUGUUACCUCAUAUUUUAGCUAUAAUAAAGUUGUAAGUAAGUGGAAAACUCAAUUUCUCCAAUAAUUUAGCUACAUUUUAUCAUAUUAUGGUUUGUUUCUUGGUGUUUCAAUGAAAAUAACAAAUAUUUAUAAUAUUUUUCAUAUAAAUUACAUACCCGUUGCAUCGACCUGUCCUAACCCACACCCCAUGACAAAUUAUCCGAACUGGAACCGACCUGCUACGAAAUUGGUAUGGAUAUUGAGAUACCCACCCAGACUGCUCAUUCCCAUUCUUAUUGAUAAGCUUUUGUUUUCUAUAUUUAAAUCUCAAAAGUGGUCCCAAAAAGAAUUGUUCCAUGGAAACAAAAAAAGUUUAAGUUACCCAAAGUCCAUGGGCCACCUCCUCCACUAGAAAGAAAGAACUCACCCAGUUUACCGAAAACACCCUCAAAAAGCGCAAGAUAUUCGCCUACGUGGCUCGUUAUCAGGUGUGAGAUCCACAAUCGCACUACCCUCACGGCCUUGGCGGUAUUCACGCGUGAUUGGAUCGGCGGUUGAAGGGAAACACGUGGUCCAAUCAUAGCGCGAGUAAGAGAGGUAAGACAGCUCUCGGCGAGUGAUGAGAAAGAUAAUUAUCACGAGGAUAGAUAUUUGUCCGGAUCAAAAAUAUCUGUCUAAGUCGUCCACGUUGGCAACCCGAUAGGGAGACCGCUCUGGCCCUGGAAUUAGAUAUUGCGCUUUUUACUCCAUUUUCCUUUCCCGAUCCUAUUAUUUUAAUUUUCCUUUCCUUCACUUUCCCUUAUUUUCCUUCUAACCAAACACCACCUUCGGAAAUAUCUCCACUUUCGUCGCCCCCCUUUCUCUCUGACCCGGAUCCACAAUUUCCCAAUUCCAGACUCGACUCCUGAUUUCCACACUACCGAUAACAUCCUCCUUCCAAUUUCUUCUCUAAUUCUGCUGAUUGAAUCAUAGUUUGGUGGGAGGCAAUCAUGGGGGAGGAAGUGAAGAUGACCGACUAUGAGGCCAACGGAGGAGAAAACGACCACGACGGUGGAGGCUCUGGGGACGACGCGAGGGUCACCGAGUGGGAGAUGGGUUUGCCGUCUGCCGAUGACCUAACCCCCUUAUCUCACCACCUAAUUUCCCCGGAACUGGCGUUGGCCUUCAGUAUCUCGCCGGAGCCGUGCCGGACGCAGGUGGACGUCAACCGAGCUUCCGAGGUGACACUCUCUAAUCUGUGCGGCAGCAGUGGCGGAGGGGGGAGCGGCAGCGGGGGCAGCGGUGGCCAGUUGAACACUCUCUCGUCGAACAACAACUUCAAGCCCUUGAACGACGACCGGGGGACGACGGCCAGAGACCCGAUGUUGGUGGAACCGGAGGACAACGGCGGGGCGGACCGCGACGGAUCCGGAUCCGAGUCUAGGAAGAUGAGGAAGCUCGAUUCGGAGGAGGCGGAUUCGGUACUCAGACCCGAGAAUUCCACUGACGAUCCGUCGGCGAGGUCGCUCAAACGCCCCCGCUUGGUGUGGACUCCGCAAUUGCACAAGCGAUUCGUGGACGUCGUGGCGUAUCUAGGGAUUAAAAACGCCGUCCCCAAGACUAUUAUGCAGCUGAUGAACGUGGAAGGCCUGACGAGGGAGAACGUCGCUAGUCACUUGCAGAAGUACCGACUUUAUCUCAAGAGGAUGCAAGGGCUUUCCAACGAGGGCCCUUCGCCCUCCGAUCAACUUUUCGCCUCGACGCCGGUGCCCCAGAGUCUGCACGAGAGUGGCGGUGGCGGCGGCAGCGGCAGCCGAGGAGGAUCUAAUUGUCCGCCGCCGCCUCCUCCUGCUUCUGCUGCUCCCACUGCUAAUGGCCAUUUGCCAGUUCCGAUGCCGGGGCCGUAUCAUCAGGCUGGGGCCGGCGCAAUGAUGCCUGGCCCUAUGUAUGGGCAUCUGGGGAUGCCGCAGAUUGGGAAUAACCAUCACUACCACCAUUACCACCACCACCAUGGAUUUGAUCGGAAUGCUCCCCCGUACAAUAUGCUGCAGCAGCAGAAGGAAUGGAGUGGGAAUAAUUACGGGUCCGUCGUCCCUUACCCGCAUCAUCACCCGCAUCAGGUUAUGAAUGAGAAACCUGAAACAUGCUUGGUUCUUGGAAGUGGUUAAAGACGGUGAAAGAAGAACAAUGAAGCUUAAGAAUGUGUGGAGUAUCAGCAUCAUGUGUUCUGGCCUUCUGCAUGACUCUAGGAAAGAGGAAGUUCUCCUCAGUAAAUAUAUCCUAUUUGGUUAUCAAUGAUCAACAUGAGGAUUGCAGGAUGCAGUAUGAUGUGGAACCAGGCGAGAACUCAAGGCAUACAUUCUCUCAACUUGUUCAUUGUUUGAUGAAGCGAAAUAAGAAGUUUAUUUCUGGAUUAACCAAACCCCUCCUUUUGUGCUACAUAGCAGAAAUCAAUAAAGGAAAGCCAAAUUGGUUCACCUAGAAAUUGACACUAUUGGAUAUUGGAAUGCCAUUGCAUUACACUGAUAUAUCUAUCUAUUUGGUCAUAAUUCUUUAUUUUAUUUUUCUAGCUGUCAGGUAACCUGGCCGUUUAUAUGGUUAUUUACUACAUCCUUGAGAUUGUUUAUAUAUCAAUCUUGUCAAAUUCUUGUGUUAACUUAAUCCGCCUUGGCAAGGACUUCGGUUAUGUGAUUUCAGAUUGUUUCGACGUUCUCUUCCCUGUUAAUGUGUCCUACAUGUCUUUUCUUUUGUAAUUUGACAACAUGCUUACAUGUUUCUACUAUCUGGCUGUGUUUUGAGCGGUAAAUGGCCAGAGGAAAACAGAUCGAGUACUGUGGGUUCGUUUCUGCUCGUGUUUAUAUGAAAGGAAUGAAAAAGGUAGCAAUCUGCAAGGAAUGGACAUUGAAGUUUCAUCUACUAAGUUGAUGAGGUACAGGUUUUACACAAUUUAUAAUCUUAUUUUCCUCAGCCUCCUGCACAACUUUUCUAGCUUCUUUGUCUAGCAGUUUAUUCUGAGCGGGGGACCUACAACCAUGCCUUUCUGCUUCCCCUUUCUUGAUGUUCUGUGAUAACUCGUUUUGUUAGUAUACAUGUUUAGAUUCAGGUGGUCUUGUUCUUUGAGCCCUAUUUUAGUCAUUCAGACUGUUCACGCUUCUGCAAUGGUAAUAUGGUAUAUCUCCUCCCAUCAGCUCCUUUGCUGUGUAAAGCACUACGGCAUUUGCCAUUGAAGGUUGAUGAACUGCCUGGGGCUCUUGUGUCUACAUAUCGUCGUCUCGUUUCAUUUUAACAAUGGCUCGAAUGCUCGAUCUCAAAACUAGAAGCUCAGCUCUAAGUUAUAGCAUAAGAUAUGCAGAACCUUUGUGGUAAUCUGAGUGUAUUUUGUUUAGUUGAGCGGCAAGUGGGUUGGUGCAAGUAGUUCUCACUUACACGUGAUAAAGUUAGCCUUUUGGC